AUGGAGCCAUUUGGGGCCCUUCUUGGAUUUUAUGCAUGUUUUGCUUUAAGUGGACUGAUGUUUGCUGCCUAUAAACUUGGUUUGCUGUACCAGUUGUUCCACAAGACUGAGAUAAACAGCCCUCGACAUGGCGGUGAAAGUGUGGCAGAGGUCCUGCGCGCCCACGGGAUCAAAUAUGUCUUCACUCUGGUCGGUGGACACAUCUCGCCCAUCCUGGUGGCCUGUGAGAAAGUGGGUAUUCGGAUUGUGGAUACAAGGCACGAAGCCACAGCUGUCUUUGCUGCUGAUGCUGUGGCACGACUUUCAGGUACCGUUGGUGUAGCUGCAGUGACUGCUGGUCCGGGUCUCACUAACACUGUGACAGCAGUUAAGAACGCUCAAAUGGCGGAAUCACCUUUGUUGCUCAUGGGAGGGGCUGCCGGUACACUUCUUCAGGGCAGAGGAGCGCUGCAAGACAUUGAUCAAAUGUCUCUUUUCAAGCCUCUGUGUAAGUUCUGUGCCUCUAUCAGAACAGUUAGAGAAAUCAUACCUGUUGUCAGAAAGGCGCUGGCUGUCGCCCAGUCUGGAACCCCUGGGCCUGUUUUCAUAGAGUUCCCUAUCGACACUCUGUACCCUUUCCAUCUGGUGUCCAGAGAGUUUGCAGUUAAAAACCCUCCCAAAGGCCUGAUGGGCAAAAUUGUCUCCUGGUACCUUAACAAUCACCUCAUGAACAUUUUUGCUGGUGCCUGGGAGAGAAGGGAUGUUUCACCUCUUCUUGUUGACAUCCCACAAGCCACAGAUGAUCAGGUUCAAAAGUGUAUUGAGCUGGUGAGCCGAGCCAAGAAGCCUGUAAUCCUUCUUGGGAGCCAAGCCACUCUACCACCAACACCAGUUGAGGAGAUCAGGAGUGCUUUGGAGGACUUGGGCAUCCCUUGCUUCCUAGGAGGCAUGUCCCGAGGCAUGCUUGGUAAAGACAGCCCUAUCCACAUUAGACAAAACAGACGUGAUGCUCUGAAGGUGGCUGAUGUUGUGGUCCUUGCAGGCACAGUGUGUGAUUUCCGUUUGGGCUACGGCAAAGUUUUGAACAGACGUAGCAAGAUCAUUGCUGUCAACAGAGACAAGAGGCAGCUGCUCAAAAACUCUGAUAUGUUUUGGAAACCAACUGUAGCUAUUCAAGGUGAUGCUGGUUCCUUUUUGGUACGACUUUCCAAGGGCUUAAAGGGCCAUCACUGUCCAGAAGAAUGGCCUCAAAGUCUCAAAGCAGGAGAUGUGACCAAAGAAAAUAUAAAUAGAGCUAAAGCCAAUGAGAAGACAGAGCAUCACCUUAACCCCCUUAAAGUUCUACACAUGUUGGACGAGCAGAUGUCAGAAAACAGUAUCAUUGUAGCGGACGGCGGGGAUUUCGUAGGAAGCGCUGCUUACAUCAUGAGGCCGCGUGGACCACUGCGCUGGCUCGAUCCAGGUGCGUUUGGGACGCUGGGUGUCGGAGGAGGAUUUGCGCUAGGUGCAAAACUUUGCCGGCCUGAAUCAGAGGUGUGGAUUGUCUAUGGUGAUGGUUCUCUAGGAUACAGUGUUGCUGAGUUCGACACUUUCACCAGACAUAAGACACCAGUUAUUGCUGUUGUGGGAAAUGAUGCAUGUUGGAGUCAAAUUUCAAGAGAACAGGUUCCCAUUUUGGGCAGCAACGUGGCAUGUGGCCUGGCAUUUACAGAUUAUCAUACAGUGGUGGAUGGAUAUGGCGGUAAGGGCUACCUUAUAAGGCGUGAGGAUGAGGAGCGACUCAGUGAAAUCAUCCGGGAGGCUCAAAAGGAGACCCAAAGGGGCAAAGCAACACUUCUGAAUGUCCUGAUAGGCAAAACCAAUUUUAGAGAGGGCUCAAUCUCUGUAUAA